AGUGUGAGAAAACAGUCCUGAGACGUUUAUUUGCAACAUGAAUAUUACUAGCUGAGGAAGGGACUGAUCUGAUCUUUAUUACACGUGUAUGAAAUGGCUUUAGUCGCUGCACUUCUUUUUCUCCUCCCUGUAUCAUGGGCUUGUGCUCCACAAAAAGCUGAUUAUGUCAUGAUUUCCUGCUUCCCAAAUGCCAUCAUUGCAAAUGUGCCCGAGUGCCCUUAUGGAUGGGAAAUAGGACAGCUGUCUUUAGGUGGUGUGUGCUACACGGGUGUCAAUACUCCUGGCUUCUACCGCUUUACCAUUCCUGAUCUCACACCCAAGAAUCUCUCGUACUGUGCUACCUUGUCUGAGUAUGUUGGAGGCAAAGACCCAAAGUACAUUUUCUACAACUCGAUAGUCUCCAACGAUUCGUCACUCACAGUGCGGAACCAGCCGGUGAACUACACCUUUAGCUGCACAUACAGGGCGGCUUACUUGGUUAACAAUGCAGUCUUCAGUCAAAGAGUGGCAACGGUUUAUGUCAACAAUGGGAGUUUAGGUUCUUUUAAAUCUCAAUUGUCUAUGAACGUGUUCACAAACUCUAAGUUCCUGUAUGCUAAAGAUGCUCCAUAUGUGAUUGACACAUCAGAAAUAGGCUCGGAGGUCUUUAUCGGCAUUGAAGCGAAAGGACUGAGUAACAGGUUUAAGGUGGUCAUAACAAAUUGCUGGGCAACACCUACUCCAUAUUCAACAGACAAGAAGAGAUGGAGCUUAAUUCUCAACAGCUGUUCAGCAGAUAACACUGUGACCAUAUUUGAGAACGCCAAAGACAGCCGCUCAAUGUUCAAGUUCAACUCAUUCCGGUUUCAGAAACUAGAGAAAGUGUCCACUGUCUGGCUUCACUGUGAGGUUCAAGUGUGUGAUGGUGAAAAGCUCCAUUGUGUGCCGUCUCCAUGUUCAUCAAGGAGUGUCAAAUCUGAACCAGAUCCACAUGGAGGUGUCUUGACAAUGGAGUUUCAAAUGAAAGCACAACACUCUUCCAGUUAUACACAUCUUGCAGGAACAUUUCUGAGCAUUAUGUGUGUGUUUCUGCUUAAUGCAGUUUUAUGUUGUACCAGUUUGUAA